UAUCAAACAGGAAACGAGGAAGGAGAGAAGGUCAGGAGUAAAACAUGGCGGCGCGCAGUGUAUUGAGGUCCGUGUGGACCUCUCUUGCGGGCUUAAAGCUGGGAAGUACCGGCUCCAGCGUUGGUGCUCUACAGAGGAUAAAUGUUCCCCAGCUGUCUGCUUUAACCAUACAGAGCAGAGGGAUUCGUCAAGUGGUGGAGGAGAAGGACGGCAACGUAACAACUAUUGAAGGAAAAAUCCUGGAUAUUCCUCCAGGACCAGAGCCUCCAAAUCCCUCAGCCAAGUGUCCAAUCUACAGAUGGAACUUGCAGAACAAAUACAACUACACAGACGUCUUAUUGCUCAGUCAGUUCAUCAGGUCUGAUGGAGGGAUGUUGCCCAAGAGAAUCACUGGUCUCUGUCCUGAGGAGCAUCGCAAGAUUGCCAUUUGUGUGCAGAUGGCUCACAGAGCAGGUCUGCUCCCUGACCACAGACCCGUACUUCAAGGAGGUCACGUGCCAAAGCCCAAGCCACAACUGAACAGAUACCUGACUCGCUGGUCCGUUAAAUCUGUGAAACCCAUCUAUAAAACUGGACUUAAGUGGUGUAAGAAGCGCAUGUCUGUCGGUCACCCAGCCCUCCUGAACAACGUACGCUAUGGUGUUAAGCCCCUUUACAUAAAACACUGAAGGUCAGAAAGCCUGACAAAUCGGCACAACAACUGGAGGAGAGUGGGUGGGCCCAUUAUUCAGGGCUGCAGAGGAGUUUCAUGUCUUUCAACGAUCUGUGCAGUUUACCUUGACGUUUAUCAUGCUGGCGUGGGAAAGGCCUAAAAGCUUCAUCCGUCUGUAUUUAUUCUUUUGUUUAUGACGCCAAGUCACACUUUUAAUGAAUCAUGCACAGCCCCACCCAGACUCAUCUAUUCUGACUGUUGGUUCCCUUGAAGUAAACUCGCUGUCAACUUAAUGUGAACAACAACUGGGUCAGUGUUACGGCUUCAAAGUAGGUGGUAUGCUAUCUGUAUACACAAGACAACACAGAUGUGCAAAUAAAAAGCGUUUGUUUA